CAUGUCCUACUUUACCUUUUCUGUCGUUUUGGUGGAAGGGAUGUCAUUACUCAAUGUUUUUAGAUGUCAUGAAAAGAAGUAUAGUUCAAUAAAAGGGAAUUUCGCUUGCCUAAACUUUCCCAUGUCUAGAGUGAGGGGGUUAAGAGUGAUAUAAGAGUGGGGGUUAAGUAAGAGCUCUAAAAUGAAUUACUUCAUGAACGGAAAUAACUAAUUGCUUCUUUCAUUGUCCAUCAUAAAGUUCUUGUGAUGUAUUGGCAACAAUAGCAGCUAUGUACUUGAUACAUUUUGGCACUGCAUGGAUGAUUACAGACACUAUAAGCUGCAUCAGUAACUCGAUUUCCCAUAUCGACUCUCUUUCAUUCGUCCGAUCCCGGUUUUGGACAUUGCACAUCGUAUCCACUCUGUUGCAGUUUUAAAGAAUGAUUUCUAGGAAACACAUUUCACUUAUAAAAACAGAUUCCAGCCUAGGAAAAUAGCAUGAAAGAUAAUACCUGCAUACUUUGUUGCUGUUCUGGUUCCUCCUAGGAGCUGAUGUUAUACUAACAUAUGGUUCGCUCUGUCUUGAAAAUUCUCACUCUAUCAUCCCUGUUUAUUUACUUAUGCAAUUUAUUAUUGAUAUCAUUUUCUUCUUCUUCUUCUUCUUUGUUUUCUUGUGCCUUUUGCUUUAGGUAAGGGCCUUGUGUACGAUCACACAGCUUAUUCUCAGGUAAUUAUUUAAUAUUUGAAUUCAUAACACUAAUAUAAACAUAAGAAGAAAAUAAAACCCUUCAAACAGUCCAGGGAUCAGAUGUAUGUAUUCUCAUGAGAUUGAUCACAAAAAUGUUAACAGAGUACAACUUUUUUCCCUGUAAAUAUGUGACUUAUUGCAGAUGGAGCAACUGAAUGAACAAUCCUUGUGGAAACUUGCAGUUCGGGGUACAUUACACUGUCGUUGUUUCUGCAUUGUCAACAAUAGAUAUGCAGAUUGGUUGUAUGCCCCUUCUGCCUCAGGGGAUGGGAAUACCUGUGGGAAAAUUGGCUCUCUAUACUUUAUACAGCUCUUGGAGGGGUCCGUCCAUCAGCUUGUUUGCCAAUAAGUCAAUAACCAUCGAUCUCGGGACGAACAGUGAGUAAUGCUGAAAGAUGAGUUCAGCAGUGGUCUAAGACAAAAAAGAGCAACCGGGCAGGUAACGAUCUGUUUAAGCUAUUAGGAUACAAUAGAAAAAAGGUAUAUAAUUCCUUUUCAUUAGA